AUGGAUCAAGCAGCACGUGAGAAGGCAAUUUACCUCGCCAAGCUCGCGGAACAAGCCGAGCGUUACGAUGAGAUGGUUGAGCAGAUGAGGCAGGUUGCUCUGCAGACGAACGCGAACACUCCGGAGCUUACGGUAGAGGAACGAAACCUUCUCUCAGUCGCUUACAAGAACGUUAUUGGGGCCCGGCGAGCGUCGUGGCGCAUCAUCUCCUCGAUCGAACAGAAAGAAGAAGCAAAGGGGAACACCGAGCACGUUGCAAUCAAUAGGGAAUACCGUAUGAAGAUCGAGGCGGAACUUGCGGAAAUAUGCAAAGAAAUAUUGGAAAUCUUGAAGAAUAAUUUGAUUCCGAGCGCCAAGACGGGUGAAUCGAAAGUGUUCUACCUGAAAAUGGAGGGAGAUUACCAUCGUUACCUCGCAGAGUUCAGCUCAGAGCAGGAUCGCAAGAUUUCUGCGGAGAAGAGCCUGGAGGCGUACCGGGCCGCCACGGAUAUCGCGAUGACGGAGCUGGCCCCGACGCACCCGAUUCGCCUGGGCCUUGCACUCAAUUUCUCGGUGUUUUAUUACGAAAUCUUGAACUCUCCGGAUCGCGCCUGCAAACUAGCAAAGGACGCUUUCGACGAGGCCAUUUCGGAGCUGGAUACACUGAGCGAAGAGUCUUACAAGGAUAGCACUCUGAUCAUGCAGCUCUUGCGCGACAAUUUGACCCUUUGGACUUCGGAUAUCGGCGGCGAUGAGGAAGAGGCUCGUGGAAAUGAGGGUGACGGUGAAGGGGAAGCAAAGGCGUAA